UCUGGAGCGCAAGCGCUUGUCUUCGUCACUCGUUGGUUGUACACAAAUGUGGACUGGACACAUGCUGCUGCUGGAGAGCUAUUCACAGAUUGAUGAAUCCAGCUUGUUAUAAACACGACCAUGGAUGAAUUCGCUCCAUUAGAUUGCCUUUUGCCUUCAGGUAAACAAAGGAUUGGCUUGGUUAUCCUAAAUCAGCCGAUAGAUGAGCAGUUCUUCCAUGUGCUGUGGAGUAAAGCCAAGAUCCGAGCAUGUGCUGACGGAGGUGCCAAUCAUCUGUACCGGCUCACGGAGGGUCAUCGCGAGAGUUUUCUCCCAGACUACAUAAAUGGAGACUUUGAUUCAAUCCUGCCAGAGGUCAAGACAUUUUACACAGAAAAGAACUGCAAAAUGAUGGAAACGUCGGACCAGGAUCUGACAGACUUCACUAAGUGCUUGGCCGUUAUGGUGGAGGAGAUCAAAGCACAGAAAUUGCAGAUAGACACCAUUGUAACCCUGGGUGGACUUGGAGGCCGCUUUGACCAGAUCAUGGCCACGGUGGAGACCUUGUUUCAUGCCCAGAAGAUGACCGAUCUGCCUGUGGUGGUUAUACAAGACCGUUCUCUGGCUGUCCUCCUCCAAGAAGGCAGACAGCACCAUCUGAACGUGAACACUGGCUUGGAAGGGAAAUGGUGUAGUCUGGUUCCUGUGGGGAGCCCUUGUCUAACCACCACCUCUGGGCUUAAAUGGAACUUGGACAAUCAAGUAUUAACUUUUGGACAGCUUGUAAGCACAUCCAACACUUAUGAGGACCACGACCCCAAAGAAGGCAGAAAACCUGUGAGGAUCACCACCGACAGGCCACUUUUAUGGAGCAUGGGAAUUAAACCACAGUGAACAAAGCACUGGAGCAGCAAGCCUUUAAAACGUGCCUUUCUUCAGGACUAACAGCGUUUUAUUAAUGAAGACAAUGAGUAGUGUAGCCUUUGAUUUAUUAACACAGCCAAAUAUAAAUGUUAACACAAAAAAAACAUUUUUUUUUUUUUUACAAAUGUUCGCAGUCAGUCCAUCAUCCAACACUUUCAGGCAGCCGAAGGUCCACUUGGCCUCACAAUGCAGCUGAUUCAACCACCACUGUUAACAAAAGACAAACAAUCCUGCUUUAAUCUCAGACUAAAUCAAAUCAAAAACUGAAUGAAACAAAGUCUGUUCAAAAGGUACUGUAUAUGCAUUGUAGUAUUUGAUUGUAUCAUGUUUUAGUAAUCAAUGGUUUUUACACAUUACUUGCAAUAAAAGACUGAAUUACA